AUGGUCGAGCUACUGUCGAAGGUGCACCUCACCUCGCACCCCAUCUUCCUGAGGAUCCGGGGGCACUCGGUGUAUGAGGACGAGAACCAGCGCACGUGGCUGCAUCUCGUCUUGGACACAGAAGGUGACCUGCAAGUACGGUUGUGGCAGGACGACAUCCCCAGUGGGUAUAUCGCACUCACCACAAGCCCGCUGACCUCGAGCACCAUGCCUUCGAUGUGGACGCUACACCUGGGCAGCCAGUACCUGGACUCCAUGGGCCGGUUGUGGCGCAUCGUGCACCACGUCAAGGUGGGUGACAUGGAAGAAAUGAUCCUUGAGCUGAUGGACCACUCCUAG